AAUCAAACGAAUUGCCACAUCUUUUCCCAGCCUUUUCAGGCACAUCUCAGAACAAGUAAAAACCACGCACAACACCGUCACUGUGAGCCAAUUACCAUGGAUGACGAAGCCAAGCCCAGUCUCAGCAAACCUGACUACGACGCGGCUGCGUACUCGAAGGGCGUCACGUGUUGUUUCUCUGUAUAUACUACGUUGCUAAAUUAUUACAACCUGAUGUUCGACAAUGGACAAGACGAUGACGUCGGACAAGAAAGCGUGAGUCCUUGUAGGCCAUUGCAAUUCCUGGACAUUGGCUCUGGCUGCGGUCGGGUGACCUUGGAGAUCCUUCUGCCCAAUGUUCCAGCGAAUGUUGGGAAAAUUGUGGGGGUCGAUGUAUGCCCAAACAUGGUUUCCUAUGCUCGCGAGCACAGUUCUCAUCCAAAGCUAGCGUACGAACAGCUGGACAUAACAGGAGACGUCUCAGAGUUCCUCAGGCUGUACGGGCCUUUCGAUCGCGUCUACAGCUUCAACUGUUUUACCCGCGUGAAAGACCAGCCCAAAGCAUGGAGCAACAUGGUGAAGCUACUGAAGCCUGGUGGAGAGUGUCUUCUGUACUACAGCGCUUGGUUCGCUACAACUGAAGUCUCGAGAGCAUUGCUGAGAAAGGAACGCUGGAGCAGGUUUGCGGAGAUGUGGGAAGCCCUCAUUUCGCCAUCACAGGACAUGAAGACCACCGACGACAGGCUGAACUAUGUCCGGUCACUGGCGAAGGACACUGGGCUGGAAUUUAGGAGCUGCGAGAUAGCUCACAUCUAUCACUCCUUAGAAGAGUGGUCCGAAAUACUGACUGCAUUGCUACCUGGAAAUUACACCCUGAGCACCGAAGAAAGGCACGACUUAUUCAAAGACGCUGAUGAAGAAUUCAAGAAUUGGGCGUGAGGACGGAAAAACCCGCAUGUGGCUGACAACUACGUAAUCCACCCAAUAAAGCCAUUGAAACUGCACUAAUAAGUGCGGUCCUGCUAUUCGCACGGUAUAUUGGCAUUCCAUUAAAGGCAAUAUUAGUCAACGACA